UCCCCUGGCCCAGUAGCCCUCCAGGCGUCUCGCCCCCUCCGCGUGGCCUCAGUUUCCCCAGCCGCGCCGCCCCUGUCUCCGGGGACCCCGCCCGCCGAUCCUCUCCGGCGGGUGGUUCUCUCGGCCUCAGCCCGCCCUCGCGACACCUCCGCACGUGUGCGCGUCCCUGCGCGGGGCGGGGCCGCCGCCGGCCGCGCCCCCGCGCGCCCCCGCGCUCCGGCCUAGGCCGCUCCUCCGUGGGCGCUCUGGCUGACUCCCGGGACCGCCCGCCCCGCCCAGCCCCGCGCCUCGGCGGAGCUGGCUUCCCCAGGGACUGCACGCAGCCUUCCCGGCUGGCCCACGGGAGCCUGGCGGCGCAGAGGCCCGAGUCCCGCCAGCCAGGCCUGGAUCCUGGGAGCCGCGGAGGGGCGGCCGCCGCAGCAGAGAAGAAGUCUCCCAGCUCCCUUGCCUGAGUGUUGCCAUGACACUCCAACCCCUUCUCCAAGAGAUGCAGUCCCUGGGAGCACUGCUAGCGGGCAGAGCCAUGCUUCACAACUCCAGCCACAGGGAAGGCAUGGUCCAUGUGGAUAAGGCCCAGAGGGUACAGGACAGGGACAGGGAAGGGGUAUGGGUAGGGGGAGCUCUGGCCCCCAAUACCUCCUCCCCAUUCCCCCCUGAGCCUCCAGGGGCCUCAGGCAGCAUUAUUCCCGUCUACUGUGCCCUCCUGGCCACCGUGGUCCUUGGUCUGCUCGCCUACGUGGCCUUCAAGUGCUGGCGCUCACAUAAACAAAGACAGCAGCUGGCCAAAGCACGGACCGCAGAGCUGGGGGCCCUCGACAGGGACCAGAGGCAUGGGGACAGCAUCGCCUUCCUGGACAAUCCCAGCGGCGGGGAGCCCUGUGCCCCCAGCCAGGGGCCACAUCCUGAACCUGGCUGCCGGCUCUACCUUCAUCUCCCUCGGCAGCAGCAAGAGGAGGUGGAGCGGCUCCUGGAAGCGUCAGGCCAACCUGACGAGGGCUGGCAGGGCCUGGCAGGCUGCCUGGGCUACCAGGCUGACGCCGUGGAGAUCAUGGCCCGGGGCCAGGGGCCAGCCUCCGCCCUACUGCGGGACUGGGCUGUCAAAGAAGGCAGUGGUGCCACCCUCAGGGUGCUGGAGGACGCCCUGGCUUCCCUGGGCCGUGAUGAUGUGGUCCGGGUUCUGGGCGCCCCGGCUGAGGGCUGCUCUGUGGUGUGAGUGAGGCCACCACAGCCUGGCCUCUCAGGGAACCUGCUUUGGUGCCUCCCCCCGGCCCCGCACACACAUACGCUUUCCCUUUCCUGAGCUUCCCGGCAUCGGGGGCCUCCGCCUGCCCUGUUCGGAGGGAACACAGAAGAUCUGGCCACCGCUCACCCACCCUCGCCCUACCUUCCUCCAGGACAGGGACCAGGAUGUGGGGGGACUUAGCAGCGAGGAGUGGCCCUGCCCUCCUCCUCCCCGCUCCACCUCCCCUUAUUUAGCCUCAACUGGUUUUUCUACUUUUGUAUCUCCUAUUAAAGGCCACUUGGGACUACUGUGCCGCCUCUGACUCCUUGGGCCUGUGGGACAGUGGGGCAGCUGAGGCAGAGAGGGUCCCUGGGGUGCGAGAGGAGCACGUGAGCCUAGGAGCCCGGCCCGCUCCGGAGGCACGGCUGGCCUUCGCAUCCUGCGUCUGCCAUUCACUGGCUGCGCACGGGAGGGACCUAGUUUCCCUCUCCGAACU